GGCAGCAAUAAGUUUACGCUGUAUGUUUAACUAAAGGCAGUUAUUACUUUUUUAGCAUACUUUCUACUUCUAGCAUGUGAAAAUUUCUUUCCGUGCAUUAAUAUCAACACUUCUGCCUUAUUAUGUAGAACCAACAAGCAUGAAGAAGGCUAAAAUGAAUAAAAGAGACCAUGGGCAGUAGUGUCUCUCGUAAAAAGUAUAAUGCAAACCGUAUUGCUGCAGUUACUCCAUCUUAUUCCACUUCAGAACAAACAAAUAAUGCAGUAGAAAUACAUGUUCCUGAUCAUGUUAAGCAAAAAUCUAAAUCCCUUUCUUUGCUCUCUUUUACCAAAAAGAAUUCUCUUCAUGUUCAGAAAACAACAAGUUUUAAUUUAACUGCUACUAGUUUAAAUACAGAAAAUCAAAUUGAAAGACUUUUGAAGACAAUAGAGCAGCUAAAAGUUGAUCAUGAAAAUGAAGUCUUGAAAAUUAAAACAGAAAAAAAGCAGCUCGAAAUGAAAGUAAACCAAUUGCAAAAUGAACUCAAAAUUGUUAACACAGCUUUACCCAAACUGAGAGCUGAUAAACAAAUUGCAAAGAGUGGUGAAUCGGAUGCAUUAAAAAGAUGCUCUGCUUUUAAAAAUGAAAGAGAUAAAAUACAAGUUGAGCUUGAAAAUGCUAAAAAGCAGAUUCAACAGUUGUUGAAAGAAAAUCAAAGUUUGAUGCAUCUUAUUCAAAAGCCAUCAAAUCGACAGGAUUUGCAACCAGUGGUUGAUCAUCACCAGCAUCUUAUUACUGAUUGGUUGUUUGCUAAUCAUAGUGGUAUUGAAAGCCAAGUUGGAGUCCAUACUUCAAAAGCUGAAAGCAUUGUUACAGUAAAUGAAUCAAUACCUAACCUAGAUAUUAAAGGUUUAAGUGAAACACUGAAAAAUUUAUUGUCUAAGCUACACAAUAAGUGGUAUGGCGUUCCUUUAAAAAAUGUUUUCAUGCUUCAUAUAGAAUAUCAGAAAAAUAUGGAAUCUGCUGCCAAACUUAUUUUAGAUGGCUGUCGAAAUUUGGCAUUGCAAUUUGAAAUGGGUGGUCAUUUAUUGAACUACUUUUGCUAUGAAACUGGAUCUCAAUACAAAAAUGAAGAAUCGGUUCGUCUCGAAUUUAUGAAGCAUAGUGACAUUUUUCUGCUAUUAACAUCUCUAGAUAAUAGUCAAUCAUUAAUGCAAGAGUUCUUGGCAUCAGAGAAGAUUUGCAUCAUAGUUGGUGAAAUUAGGGAAGAAUUAUUAAAAAGUAUAAAAGAAGACAAAAGAAAGCUUCAUUUAUUACCAAUAAGUUAUGAUAAUGAAAGUUUACCUUCCAUGUGUAUCAAGAAGAUUUCUGAAAUUUGUAUAUUAUUUGUUGAAAAACAGGAAAAUCAAGAAGUAUUAAGUUCAGAUAAUUGUUCUAAAGAAGAAAGAUUAUACUAUCCUUCAAUAAGUUUUGAUGUAUACAAUCAUAAAGAACAGCAAACCAUUUUAAAUCAACAUUGCAAAUUUCAGGGUCUCUGUUCCAAUAUUGGUAAAGAGAUAGCAUAUUUAGACUCUUAUAUAUCACAGGAGGGACCUGCUCAACCGCUAUUGCUCAGUGGACCUGCUGGUUCCGGAAAGUCAUUCAUUUUAUCAAAUUGGGUCAUACAUUUAGAGCAGAGUUAUCCCAACUUGUGCGUUUUGUAUCACUUUGCCUCCAUAGGUUCAAUAAACAGUUGCGAUCCCAUUCAGUUGUUGCGUCGUUUUUCUUUUAUCCUAUUAGAACAAUCACCACCUUCAUGUGAGGAGAGUCAUUUAAUCAAAGAGUUUCCUUUGUGGUUAGAAAAAUCAUGCAAUAAAUUCAAAAAUGGUGUUGUCAUAGUUAUAGAUGGUGCUGAUUUAAUUAGAAAUAAUGCUGAGUUUCUAAAGUGGGUACUUGACCCUUUGCCUGUACCUGUAAGAGUUGUUUUUUCUGUCAAUAGUAAUAUUUACCCACAAGCUUGGUUAAAAUGGCCUACAUUAGAAAUUCAAGGAAAUGCCUCUGAUGGAUUGUUUAAAUUAAAGUCAAUGUUUUCAAACCACACCCAAGUUAUAGAAGAAGUAGUAAAAACUUUAUUUCCAAAUGGUGUUUGUACUGAAUCUGCUUCUAACAAUUUAUCAAGUUGUUUGUUUAGAAAUACAUUAAAAGCAUUGCACAUUAACACAAAAUUGGAUUUAUCCAAGCUACUUAAUAAAUGCUUGACAGUAAAAAAAAUUGAAGAUUUUUUUUACUUAAUCAUUAAACAGAUUAUAAAAGAGAAUAAUAAAGAGUUAGUUUUUAGGAUACUUUGUUUACUAGCUAUAUCUUACAAUGGUUUAAGUAUGAUGGAGCUAACAGAGUUAUGUCAUGAAUACAAGCCAGCAGAUGUUUGUUUUGUAGUUUCAUUAACAUCAAAGUUAUAUUUAACAUGGGAUGUUUGUGGAUUGGUGCAGUUAACUAGAAUUCAGCUUAAGGAAGAAAUUGUAAAGUACCUUGGUUUGAAUUCUGAUAACGCCAAUGAAUAUUUAACAUCUCUUCGCAUUUUAAUAGUUAAAGUCUUUAUGCAGAAGUUUCAAUCUGGUUUCAUAACAUACCGUGUCGCUGACGAGUUACCAUGGCAACUUUUUCAGAUUAAUUGUAAACAAGACCUGUAUAUCUGUAUUGAAUCACCUACAUUGCUUACUCAUUAUUGGCAGAAAGGGAAAUUAUCAACGUUGAUACAUUAUUGGAAGAGUUUGGAAGUUGAUCUAGCAGGAAUUUAUCAAAUUUACUCUGAAAAGUUAAAAAUAUCUGAAAAUGAUAACAAUUACAGGCAGCAAAUGUUAACUUAUGAUAUUCUUGGUGAUUUUAUGCAAGAAUACAAGCAGUACAAGUUUGCUCAGCAAUCAUUCGAAAAAUCAAUUGAAUUAAAAGAAAGUCAUUUAGAACCUGACAGCAUUGAGUUUGGAGAAUCAUAUUUUAGACUUGCAAAGCUGUUUACACAUUGGAAAAAAUAUCAAACUGCAGAAACUUAUUAUCAACAAGUUUUGGAUAUCAAUAAAGAUCGCGAUAAUCAACAGAAAACAUCUUAUGCAAAAAUUCUAGAAGGCUUAGCUAUUUUGUAUUUCUUCCAAGAAAAGUUUGUGCAAGCUGAGUCGUGUCAAAAACAAGUUAUGCUUAUUAGAAAAAAACAUGCAUCUGAAAUGGAAAACAUUAAACUUGCUCUAUUAGAGUGUUUCCAUUUGUCAAAGACAUUAGUUGAAGAAAAUUUAGUUGAAGAGAAUUUACAGUUUUAUGCAGAAAUUGGUUCUGUCUAUUUUAACAUCAACCAACCUGAGGAUGCAAUUCAGAUUUUACAGCAGUCACUGGACAUGUACUUUACACUAUAUGGUGAAUGUAACUCAAAUGUGGCUGAGAUUAUGUUCAAGCUGAGUUUUGUUUAUCAAUCUCUUAAUAUGUUAGACAAGGCACAGCCUUUACUUGAAAAGGCAUUUGAAGUAUUCAUUCAAAAUUUUUCUGCUGAUAACACUAAUGUACAAAUGGCUUUGAAGAAUCUUACAAAACUUUACAAGAAAAAGAAAAUGGAUGGUCAGUUAGAGCGCCUCUUUAGAGUUAUGGUAGACAUGCAUGAAAAAGAAUCUAACUUUUCACCUUCAUUUGCAUCGUCAUUGAAUGUACUAGCUGUUCAUCUAAGCAAAACGGGAAAGUACAAAGAAGCCUUGCCUUUAUAUUAUCGUGCUGUUUUAAUUUACAAUGACCAUGUUGGCUUCCAACAUGCAAAUGUAACAGAGAUUUUAAAGAACAUGGCUAAGUGUUUUUAUGAACAGGAGGACUUUAACAUUGCUGCAAACAUGUACAAGCUAUCGAUGGAAUCAAAUCGUAGCAUCGAUCAGUUCUUGAUCAGUUAUCGAUCAGUUAUCGAACAGUUCUCGAACAGUUCUUGACUUUUCAAUAGCUCAAUAAUAUUUGUUUAAAGAAAUUCAGUUUAGGUGGUUUUACAGCAUAAUACAGAAUAAUACAGCAUAAGUGAUAUUAUAGAAUUCAAGAGACGUGAUUUUAAUGGAAUGCCAAUUUGCUGCUUUAUACUCUAGUUGGUUUAGGUUACACAGAAGAUUAUCCAAAAGCUAUAAAUAAUUUUUUUGUAAAAUAAUAAGAUUUAUUUAUGUUUUUUUUUUAAGUAA